CCAGGAUCAAUCCCUUCACCUGAGAAAGAGCAAGGAGAAGGAGGGGUCCGGACAACAGAAAUAGAGGAGAAGACCCAGAGAUCAGAGCUCAGUCUGUUCACAGACGGAGAGGACAGGAGCGGGCGAAGAACCUGCACGCUGAUGAUCUCCUAGGAGUCACCAGGACAUUUCUCUGGCUGCUGCGAGUCCCAUUCAACAGGCAGGAUGGCUCGGGACAUGUCAGAUAAAGAAAUCCUGAAGAUGGAGCUGGAACAGCUGAAGCUGGAAGUGAACACUCCCCGAACUGCGGUAUCAACAACAGCCCCAGAGAUCAUUGCGUUUGUUGAGGGGAAGUCUGCCGAAGACCCCCUGAUCAAGGGCAUCCCAGAAGACAAGAACCCAUUCAAGGAGAAGGGGGGCUGCAUUAUUACGUAGCAACGGCCCUGGAGGCACCAGUGCUCUACUUUAUACAAAACUACUUUUGUAUAAAACAUCAAUAUUUGUACUAGAAACUCGUUUUAAAUACAAUACAGUUCCAGAAGCAUAAGAGGAUGUCCUCAUGUCAUUCAAUACCUUUUUGUGAUAUGAUGUUACCUGUCACUUUUUCAAAUAAACUCAUUAGCAAUUUAACUAAAUGUCUUGCUGGUUGAAUGUUACGGUAUCAAAGGAAACCCUAAUUUGACUUUAAAGGGAUAGUUCACCCAAAA